AUGACAAAAAAAAUCAUCAGUGCCUCGGUUAAGAAGGUCCUGACCAAACUCCUUCCUCAGAAAAAGCUUCCCCAAGCGGAAAUUCAGCCUCCUUUACAGGCACCAGAUGCCUCAGUCGAAGAAUCUCCCUUGAGCCCGACCGUCGCCGGACCUCCGAACGACAUUGCAGGUUCGAAAGACUGCACGAGUGGACCUGGACAUUCCCAAUCGCGUGAGCAUGCACCUGGUAUAGAUUCACCUCCAAUGGAUACAGAGUCCUCACCUUGUCCCUUGGAGACAAGUGAGGAACCCAAGUGUUUCAGUGGUGAACAGAGUUCCAUGGACGCAAAGGACUUCGUGUCCGAUCUGCCGGCGCAAUCGAUUCCUGUCUCGUCACAGAGAGAACGGGAUCGAGAGCGCAGCGCGCGCCUGCAACUGGACCCCAUUCUUCUUAGCUUCGCAGUGUACCCAGCCGUACUGACGUUUACUGACCGGGAGGAAUCUAUAGCGGACUCAGAGAGUCCUACAACAGAUGCGCCUGAAUCGCCGUAUACUCUCUACGCCACCACCAGAGACUUGACAUCCGGAUCUGGUUUGAGCAUACGACGCGCGAAUCCGAGGGGGAAUCCCCGCGGCUGCGGGGAACUUACUCACGAGAUGGAAGUCUUCCAGUCAGAUGACAGUGAAGGAGAAAUACCUUGCCUGGAAUACGACAGUUCCAUAGGGAGCUUGCGGCAGUCGCCACAUGCAUUUGCAUUCAGCGUGGGACCUAUGGACGGGAGAGAGCGACUGCCGAUGGCUUGCGCCAGUGGCCCAGCUUCCUUUUUCCAACGGAGUUCCAGGAACAAUAAUGCCGAGGCCAGCGGUACUGAAGGCUUUUACGAGAAGCGUGUUUUCCACGUGGAACCACACCACGGGAAACGGUGCAUUAUGUACAUGGGCUACGGAGACGAUAACAGCGCAGGCCACUAA